AUGAGUCUUAUAGAAGACAUGUUAAAAGAUAUCAUACUUCCAACCGGGAGAAGCCAACUCAAAGAUAACCACUCUUUAAGCGUGGUCAUAAAAAAGCUCGAUGUAAAGGAUGAAGGGUUUGCUGAUAUAAUAAUGCAAAUAAGUAAAUCUCUCAGUGGUAUGCGAAAGGUAUGGCUUAAAAAUGAUGUAAGGAGAGUCUCUGUAAACCCAGUAGUUAUGUUGGCAUCAAAAACAGACGCAAUUUCAAAAGUAUUAAUAAUUAUGGCUUUUUUUCCAUAUGGUUACCGUUUCAAAAAUUACAAUGAUCAUCGUAUGUCAAUGGACGUUUCUUGA